UCCGACGACCCUUAUGCGGCUUAAGGUCAUACGUCGUAGUUUUUUUAUUUCCUUCUUUUUUUCUUGCUACAACUGCUGUGUUGUGGUUGAGCGCUGCAGGAAAACCCCACAUAAAAGGGCGGGCACCGAACUCAAUUCAAGUCACUCGCAAAGGAGAAUUCUUCCAAGCAGCAUCUCGACAUACUCUUCUCGACAUAAAAAAGGAGACAGCGCCAUGGGGACGAGGGGGCUCCACGGCGCGCGGCCUUCAAGCCUGCCGCUCGGACUGGUUUUGGUGUUGGUCGCGACCCUCUCGCUGGCGGCGCUUGGGGUGGACGCCCAAGCAAGCAGGAGAGCGAGGGAGGUUGGAUCCAGAGUUCCGCUGCGGUUUGCAGGAGGGCGUGACGCCUCACUACCGAGCGUGGCCGCGAUCUCAGGCCCCUUGGUCCAGCCGGUCGCCCUCAACCGCAACAACCCGGUGGCUGCCGGCCCGCCCGUCGUCUUCGGCCCCAAGAUCCGACGUCGCCCCUGGAGGUUCUGGUUCUGACGCUGGAGGAGGUCCUGCUCGGAGUGACGGCACCUACGCUUUGGAUAGCUCUUAGCCAUCAACACUCAUAGUUUUUUUUACUUAUCUGUUGUCUUUAGAUUAGAUUGUAUUUUAUGUACAGUAGAUGAUGCAUACAAAAAGAGAGUGGUA